AUCAGCCGUUUCUUCUUCUUAAUUCGAAGAGCUUCAUAGAAAUGGGUUUUUGAUUUUGAUUCUGUGUUCUGAAUGUUCAAUCCUUCGUCAGAAAUCUCUGACGAUGGGAAUCAGCAAAACAGAGAUCAAUUUACGGAGAUUAGUUUCCGCUGCACCUCAUCAGCAAAAUCAAUCAAAGCUUGUUCAUUAUGUUGCUACUCUGAGGGAACAAUUAGAACAACUCUCGGAAGAGAAAACCCCUCAAGGCCUUCCCAGAGUUACAAAGGCUAAGGUGAAUGAGUACUAUGAGAAGAUUGAAGCUUUUGCUUCAAAAAUAGCUGCUCAAGUGCCUGACACAGAGGUAUCUGUUGAACCUUUUGCAAAGGAUUCUACCAGCGAAAGCUCUCCAAAGAUAGAAGAAGAUACACAUAGCCCAACUUCUCCACAGCUUAGAAGAAGAAUCGUGUCUACAAGUUCCGAGGAGCAAAGCGGUGAUGCUGAUCCAAUAAAACUAGACACUGCAGCUCAAGCACACAUUGAAAAUCAAAGAAAGUUUCAAGAGAAUCUCACCGAUGAAAUGGUGGUACUUGCGAGACAACUCAAGGAGAGUAGUUUAAUGAUAAGCCAUUCUGUGCAAAAUACAGAAAAGGUUAGAUGUUUCCUCACAAAACAUUCCAUUGUUAUAACUAUUAUCAUUAACAACGGGAUAAUAGAAGAAUGUUCAUGCAUUGUUUUUCACUGGCUUCACUGGUAUAAACAUAUUUUUGGGUGGUGUUCAUUAACAAAAGAUUCUAGACUCUACUGAGGAGGCCAUUGAGCAAAGCUUAGCGAGCACGGGACAUGCAGAUGUAAGAGCCACAAAGAUAUAUUCAGAAACCUCAAAGACGAGUUGCUUCCAGUGGCUCCUGAUCUUUGCCAUGAUUGUGUGUUCAUAAUGGUGGUCUUGUUGAUCAGAGUCACUUAGAAAAUGGGUCG